AUGCCCUCGCCUAUACUCCCGCGGGCACUUGCCGCGGGUGCCGCGAUAGCCUUCAUAUCGCCCUCGUCCCGGAUCAACAUAGAGCUCGCGCCCGCCAUGGCACGAGCAACGGCUCUGCUUAGAGAAAGGGGCUUCCAGGUCCGCGAGAUCUUUACCCCGGACUCGGGCAUACAGUCAUCCAUCUCCAACCGCCUGUCCGAGAUACGCACCGCCUUCUCAGACCCUUCUAUCGCGGCCAUUAUCUGCACUACUGGCGGGCACUCUUUGAAUGAGCUGCUCCCAAGCCUCCUUGCUGAUACCGAGCUACACCGAACUAUUCGCGCCGACCCUAAGAUCGUUGUCGGAUAUUCCGAUAUCACGCAGCUGCACUGGUACCUAUACGCCGUUGCUGGGCUUCGCACCUUCUAUGGCCCCGGCGCCAUACCAGAGCUGUGUGAGAGCAGGCCUGCCGAUGACGAGGCCUAUAUGGCCUCGCCGCUAAGAUUCUGCGUCGAGAAUCUGUUCCGUGCCAUCAUGAACCCAGAGCCUAUCGGCGCAGUCCCGCGGUCACUAAAGUACGCACCCGAGCCAGCCCUCGUCUACAGCGACCCGGCCUCUACAGAGCCCCCGUCACUUGCCCCUACUCCCCCAUGGGUGUGGCUCCGGCCGGGAAGGGGGCGCGGCCGGCUCUUCGGCGGCUGCCUGACCGUGAUGGCCCGGCUGGGCGCCAUCCCGGCCCUCGUCCCGGACUGGCGCGGGCGCGUCGUCUUCUUGGAGACCGCGCUGAACGACACGUUUGUGGCGGGGAACCCGACCCACGUCGUCAGGGCCGGGAUCUCGGACCUGGUCGCCCAGGGCGUCUUCGACGGGGUCGCGGGGCUGGUGGUCGGGCGGCCGUUCGGCUACGACUCGGCCGAGGCGAGGGCUGCCUACGCGGGCGUCAUCAGGGAGCUCCUGUGCGAGGGCCGCCUGGCCGAGAAUGGCAAUGCGUUCCCCAUCCUGUUUGGCGUGGACUUUGGGCACACGACGCCGAUGGUCACGCUCCCUUUUGACGCGAUGGCGGUGCUGGACUCGGGUAGGGACGAGUUUGCCGUCGUGGAGCCUGCUGUCAGCAUCCGAGAAGAAUGA